AUGGGAUUUUCUUCAAGUGGUUUUGCUCUGCUGACAACUGUUAUAGCAAUUUUUUCAUCUUCUUCAAGUGGAAAAGAUAUUAAAGUGAGUCGCAAAACACGUAAUAUACUUCUUUGCGUUUUUGUCGGUCCAUUUGCUCUUGGUUUACUUUUGGCUAUACUAAGGUUGGCAUAUGAUUUAUUAAAAGAGGUUUUUAUAUUUUUGCAAAUAAAAAUUAGGAAAUUUAAACAAAAAAGAAAACAAAAGAGGCAACAAAAUAUUGAAAAUAACUUAUCUAAUUUAGAAGAUAAUCACAAUCAUAAUAAAAAUUUUAAUUAUUAUUUGACAUAUAUUUUUAGAAGAAAAUCUAAAGUACCAAAUAACAAUAAUGAUAAUAUAAAUGAUGAUGGAAAUACAAAUGAUAAUGAUAAUACAAAUGGUAAGAAUCAUAGUUAUUUUGUAAACUUUUUUAGACGAAGAUCCAAAAAAGAAAAUCAAGUAAAUCAAGAAAAUCAAGAAAAUAAUGGAAGACCAAUGGAUAUUGAGUCAUUACCAAAAUAUGAUGAAAUAGAUUUCUCAGUUCCAUCAUCAAAUAAUUACAAUGGAUUACAAUAA